AUGACGAAUGCACUUCGAUUCAAUGAAGAUGCAUAUCAACAAGAAGAAGCAAAUAGACGUCAAUUACAGCGUAAUCGUACGCUUGAACGUACGCAUUCGAUCGGUAGUUUGGCAAGUCCACCAAGAGGUUCGCAAAGGAAUCGAGUCAUUGCUGAUUUCCGCACGUUAUCCAUUCAAUUGGAAGACGGUCAAACGCCAUCAAAGGAAAAGCAAGGCAAAAAGAAGGAAAAGAAGACACUGAAAGAUAUUGCAGAUUUGGACUGGCAUAAGAUCAGUAUUGAUGAAACACUUCAACGCUUAAGUAGUAGUCAAAAAGCUGGUCUGGACGAAGAACAAGCAAAAAGACGUUUACAACAAGAUGGUCCAAACGUGUUCUCCAAACCUCCAAACAGAUUAUUACAAAAGAUCAUCACGUAUGUCUUUGGUGGUUUCGGAUCUUUGUUGACCAUCGCAGGUGUAAUCUGUUUCAUUGCUUGGAGAAUUGGUGAUCCGCCACAAGCGUCCAAUUUGGCUCUAGGUGUGGUCUUGUUUGUCGUCGUUUUGGUCACUUCAGUCUUCAAUGCUUGGCAAGACUUCACCACAACUCGUGUAAUGGAGUCCGUUCGUGGAAUGAUGCCGAGUGAUGUGCCAGUCUUGCGUGAUGGUCACAUUCAAAUUGUUCCUGCUGCAAACAUCGUUCGUGGUGAUAUUAUCAACGUCAAAAUGGGCGCAAAGAUGGCAGCAGAUUGCAGAGUGAUGCAUAUCGAAUCAGAAUUAAAGAUGGAUCGUUCUUCUUUAACAGGAGAAAGUGAUGCAAUCUCCGCCACUUUGGAUAAAACGGAAGAUAAUUACCUCGAAUCAAGAAAUGUUUUGAUGGCCGGUACAAAGUGUGUUGCAGGUGAAGGUUUGGCAAUCGUGACUGCAACAGGAGACAAUACCGUCUUUGGUCGCUUGGCAAAAUUAUCUUCAGCACCAAAAGCAGAACGUACAACAUUGGAAAAAGAAAUCUUCUUGUUCGUUACAACGAUUGCAUCUUUAGCUAUCGCGGUUGCCGUUAUUUGCAUCAUCAUUUGGGGUGCUUAUCUGCGUCCAAAACAUCCUGAUUUCAUGAGCGUUUCAAGCUUAUUGGUGAACGUCAUUUCAAUUUUGGUCGCUUUCAUUCCUGAAGGUCUACCGGCAGCCGUUUCUCUUUCGCUCACUGCCGUUGCUGCUCGUAUGCGUCGUGCAAAGGUCUUGGUGAAGUCUUUGGCAAUUGUUGAGACCUUAGGAGCUGUGAACGUAGUUUGCUCGGACAAGACUGGUACUUUGACUCAAAAUCGCAUGUUUGUUCAAUGCGCAGGUAUCCAUGGAUUCGAAGAAGAUGAACCGGCAGAUGUGAAGAGACACAUCGAUUUGGAUACUCCACUUGGUGAAGCAUUCGGACAAUUAGGUUGGGUUGCUGGUGUUUGCAAUGCAUCCAAAUUUGACGAAGAGACUAUGCAUUUGCCAAUUGUUGAACGUACGAUCUUCGGUGAUGCAACAGAUACAGCUUGUUUCCGUUUUUCAGCUGAUAUGGUCGGAAUCGAAGGAAGCAAGAAAGAUUGGGAAACUGUCAACCAGCUAGCAUUCAACUCAAAGAACAAAUUUGCACUUCGCAUCGUACGCAGCAAUGGAUCAAAAGAUGGUAUCAAACGAGCUUUGGGAACAGGUGUAACAGCAACCGGCUUCGAUAGUGAAAAUCAAUUAAUCUUCUUGGCAAAAGGUGCGCCAGACGUUCUCAUGCAAAGAUGCACUUCCACUUUGGAUGGAAGUGGAGAAGUGUUGCCACUCACACCAGAAAGAUUAGCCUAUCUAUCUCAACUGCAAACGUCGUGGGCAGGAAAAGGUCAAAGAAUCCUCCUUUUGGCUCGUCGUAUCGUCAACAAGAGUGAACUCCCGGAAUCAAAUCCAGAAGACUUGAUCGAAACUCAAUUGCUCGAUCAAAUCUCCAAUUUGACCGUUGUUGGUUUAGUGGGAAUCGUUGAUCCACCUAGACCCGAAAUCCCAGGAGUUGUCAAAACCGUUCGUGGCGCAGGAAGUCGAUUCAUGAUGAUUACAGGUGAUGGUGCUUUGACCGCAGUCGCAAUUGCACGUCAAUGCGGUAUCGUUACUGCUCAAGAGAUCAACAAUGUUGAUGACAUUCUUGGUGGUAAGUUGAAUUUGCCAACAUACAAUUUCCUGGAUGAUAACGAUGCAAGAGCACAAAGAGCAUUGAGCUUGACUGGACCAGACAUCAUGCGCCUACAGCCACAAGAUUGGGAAACAGUUUGCAAUUUUGAUGAAAUCGUCUUCAGCCGUACUACACCCGAUCAAAAAUUACGUAUCGUCAAAGAAUUCCAAGCAAGAAGAGGAGUUGUUGCCAUGACGGGUGAUGGUGUGAAUGAUGCACCUGCAUUGAAACAAGCAGAUUGUGGUAUCGCAAUGGGCGGUGGUAGUGAAGUGGCAAUCGAAGCUGCUGAUUUGGUCCUAUUGGAGUCGUUCAGCUCUUUUGUUGAUGCCUUGCUCUACGGCCGUGUUUGUUUCGACAAUCUCAAAAAGACAGUCGCUUAUCUUUUACCUGCUGGUUCAUUUGCCGAAUUAUGGGCAGUCUUGCUUUCAUUCUUCUUCGGAUUGCCACAAGCACUUUCGAACAUUCAAAUGAUCUUGAUUUGUGUUUUGACCGAUUUGUUCCCUUCGCUCUCACUCAUUCAAGAGAAGCCAGAAAGUGAUGUCCUUCUUCGCAAACCUCGUGAUACCAAGAAAGAUCGAUUGGCUAAUUGGCAAUUAUUAACGCACGCAUACUUAUUUGUCGGUCUACCUUUGACUUUAUGCUCUGCUGCAAUGGCAUUUUGGUGGAUGCAGAGACAAGGCAUUCCAUUCAGCGAUAUGUGGUUGAAGUACGGUGCAGGCAAAGUUCAAACCUCCGAUCCGGAUUACUUCAACAAAGUUCUUUACCAAGCGAAUGCAAUCUACUUCUUCAAUUUGGUCAUUCAACAAUACUUCGAUUUGUUGGCUUUACGUACCCGUCGUCUAAGUCUAUUCCAACAAUGGCCUUUCUGGGGUAAAUCACGCAAUUUGUGGAUCAUUCCUGCAAUUUGCAUGUCUUUCUUGAUUGCAAUCUUCUUUUCGUACAUCAAAGCCAUUCAAAAUGUUUUCUUGACAAGAGGUAUUCCCGCCGAACACUUCUUCUUACCAAUGGCUUUCGGUGUCGUUACUCUCUCCGCUGAUGAGUUACGCAAACUCUACAUUCGCACUUAUCCCAAAUCUUUCCUUGCGAAAGCUGCUUGGUAG